GCCUCUCCUUCUCAUUUGCCUGGACCCAAGGUAGGCUCCACCACACCUUUUGUGACCAGAUAAUUCUGUGUGAAGAGCUUGCUUGCUUGCCUUCACAUACACAAUGUCCAGAUCCACCAUCGUCCGUCAAGCUGCCAAAGCACUUUCUCAGUCACCAUGGCCCGCUGUGUCGGCAGCUACAAAGCAGCGAUCUUUAGAUACCUUUGUCCGCUCACUCUCAUCAACGGCUCUCCGUCUGAACAAAGACGAUAAUAUCAAGAAAGACCCCUUACUAACAGCGACCAACAAAGCUCCUGAGGGCACAUUGGGAGAGACAGAAGGUCGUUUUGCGCGUACGGACGAGAAUGUCAAGUUUGAAUACCCUGAUGACGAGAAUAUGCCUCGAUCUCCAAUCGUUCAGGGUCGUGGUGGUAUGCAUUUCAAGCGUACACUGGCUCAGUUUUCGCUCGAGAACAGGGUUACUCUUGUGACUGGUGGUGCUCGUGGCCUGGGAUUGACCAUGUCCCAGGCAAUUGUAGCUUCAGGAUCGGAUGUGGCCAUUGUUGACUUGAAUAGAGAGGAAGCGCAGGACCAGGCCGCAAAGCUCGUGGAGCAAUUUCAAAAGGAGAAUCCGGGUCUUGAGUCAGACCAAUUGCCCACCGUCACCGCUCACUACGCCGAUGUGUCCAACCCCGAAUCUGUGAACAAUGCCAUUGCAGAAGUCAUUGAGAAGCACGGGAAGAUUGAUCACCUAGUUACUUCUGCUGGAUUUACUGAGAACUUUGACGCCAUUUCGUACCCUUACGAUCGAAUGCAGAAGUUGUGGGGUGUUAAUGUAGAUGGGACCUAUUUGUUCGCUACCGGAGUCGCCAAGCACCUCAUGGAGCGCAAGGCACCGGGCAGCAUCGUCAUGAUAGGUAGCAUGUCUGGUGCUAUUGUUAACGUUCCCCAGCCUCAGGCCCCCUACAAUGCAGCAAAAGCCGCUGUCCGUCACCUUGCUUCUUCUUUCGCCGUUGAGUGGGCCCAGCAUGGCAUUCGCGUUAACUGUAUCAGUCCCGGAUAUAUGCUCACUGCACUGUGAGUAUCCGCGUGGGUUGUUUUUACUGAAAGCUGCUAAUGUUUUAUAGUACUCGGAAAAUCCUCGAGGAGAAUCCUGAGCUCCGCGAUAAGUGGAUAUCUCUUAUUCCCACAGGCAAGAUGGGUACUCCAGAGGACCUGAUGGGUGCUGUUACUUUCCUUUUGAGUGAUGCUUCCCGC